CACAAGUUGCGGGCACAUAUACGGUGGACGUUGAACUCUCAAACUUAAGGAGCUAGGUUUUGCAUUAAAAAGAAGAAGAGUGCAAUAACAAUGGCUUCCCUAGAAGAUUUCGACAUUGGGUUGCUGUCUCCAGAGGAACAAAAGCAGUUCACGGAAGCCAGGGAAGAACUGGAGAAGUGGAAGAGGAAGGUUGAAAAUGCCGAGACGGAGAAAUCGAGGCUGAUCCUAGACAAAUUGGAAAUGGAAGAGACCAAGAAGCAAGCACAGAAAGAAACUAUGGACCUUCUGGCACAACAGCAAAAGAACGCUGAAGCAGCUUCAAGAAUGAGGAGAGGGCUAGAGGAUGAUAUCCUGGAACUUGAAAAAUGCAACCAGACACUGAAGGAAAAAUUAAAGGAAUACGAGGGCAUGCUGAAGAACAAACAGGCUGAGCGCGACGCCCUUCAGCAAAAGUUCAAGAUUCACGCAGAUAUCCCGGAGAAGAAGGUGAUAUUCACAGAGGCGUUAAAGGAGGGAGAGGAGGAGGAUUGUAAGGACAUCGUGAGUGUGUUCACCAUCAUUCAGAGGCCCUCGUUCAACCUUAAGGGAGGCCAUGCCCUCAUCACUUUUGAGGAAGAAAAAGUGGCAGAAAAAAUCCUAAAGCUGACCAAGUGCUCAGUCAUAUGUGACAACACCAAGAUGGAUGUGAAACCAUACUGUUUGGCGCUGGAUCCAUCUGUAAAGUUUGAGGUGCACAUGAAUGUUUCUAAGAGAAAGAUUCGGUUCUCCAACACAACCCCUUACCUACCUGAGGAGCGUAUGAGGGAUCGGCUGGAAAUUAGCUUUUCCAAGCCUAGCCAAGGAGGGGGGGAGGUGGAGAAGGUGGCUUACAACAAGGACACUGGAGCGGGCGAAAUCACCUUUCUCAACACUGGAGUUGCUGAGCGUUUGACCCUCAGGAAGAAGUACUGCAUAGAUGCCAGUCGUGAGGCAGAUGUCAACAUCUUUCCGUAUUUUGAAUACCAGCUGAGAAAGUUUCAGACUUUCUGUGGGGCCUCCAGGCGCUCGGUCUUGCUGGGGGGAAUCCAGGACACUGGGGAAGAGGAGGAUAUGCAGGAUCAGCUGGAGAUCCACUUCCAGAAGCCCAGCAACCACGGAGGAGAGGUGGAGAGCAUCAGGUACCUCUCCAAAGGGAGAUCGGCUGUAGCCUACUUCAGCGAGGAUGCUGCUGAAGCUGAGGCUUAAGCCAGGGGUAACCGUCGGCCAUUAGAGUCAGGCUGUGAAGACAUGGAAAGCAAGUGGACCACCAACUUUCAUAAUAGGGUGAUAGAAGAGAAGAAGUUAGCCUCAUGAUUUACUUCAGAAUAAGUCUUUUCUACUACC